UACCGGAGGUGAGAGGGAGAGAGGGAGAGACGCCCCGAGACGCGUCCCGGCCCGGCCCGACCCGGACCCGGAGCCGGCGCCGUCCCCGAUGCUCGGCGCCGGGGCGGGCGCGGUGGACGUCGGCCGGAAGCAGGCGGCAGGGGGCGGCGAGGGCCCGGGGCGGUGACGGCGAUGUCGACGGGCCUCCGGGGUGCCGGGCUCCCGAGCUGGAAGCGCCACAUCGCGGAGGAGCUGCGGCGGCGGGACCGGCUCCAGAGGCAGGCCUUCGAGGAGAUCAUCGCGCAGUAUAAUAAGUUGCUGGAGAAAUCAGAUCUUCAGUCGGUGUUGGCUGACAAACUACAAGCGGAAAAAUAUGACUUGCAAAGCAGGCACGAGAUCAGUCCAGGACAUGAUGGCGUGUGGAAUGAUGCUCAGCUACAAGAAAUGGCCCAGCUGAGGAUUAAACAUCAAGAAGAAUUAACUGAAUUACAUAAAAAACGUGGGGAGUUAGCUCAGUCGGUGAUCGAUCUAAAUAACCAGAUGCAGCAGAAGGACCGGGAGAUGCAGAUGAAUGAAGCAAAAAUUGCCGAAUGUUUGCAGAAAAUCAGUGAGCUGGAAACUGAGUGCCAAGAACUUCGAAAUAAGCUGCAGGACCUCGAAAGAGCCAACCAAACACUCAAGGAUGAAUAUGAUGCCCUGCAGAUCACCUUUACUGCCUUAGAAGAGAAACUGAGGAAGACCACUGAGGACAACCAAGAGCUGGUCACUCGCUGGAUGGCUGAGAAGGCCCAGGAGGCCAAUCGUCUCAAUGCAGAAAAUGAAAAGGAUUCCCGACGCCGCCAGGCCCGGCUGCAGAAGGAGCUCGCAGAAGCUGCCAAGGAACCGUUGCCUGUAGAACCGGAUGAUGACAUAGAAGUGCUUGUGGACGAAGCUUCAGAUGCGGCCGAGGAGACGUCGCCCAUUCGAGCGGUCAGCCGGACAGCCACUAAGCGACUCUCCCAGCCUGCUGGAGGCCUUCUGGACUCUAUCACUAAUAUCUUUGGUCUGUCCGAGUCUCCCCUUUUGGGACACCACCCUUCUUCUGAUGCUGCCAGGAGGCGUUCUGUCUCCUCCUUUCCUGUUCCUCAGGAUAACCCAGAUGCUCAUCCUAGUUCUAGUAAAGAAGUGCGGGUGCCCACAACUGCAGUUUAUGUCUUCGAUGCUCAUGAUGGAGAAGUGAACGCCGUGCAGUUCAGCCCUGGCUCAAGGUUACUCGCCACAGGAGGCAUGGAUCGAAGAGUUAGACUUUGGGAAGUGUUCGGAGACAAAUGUGAAGCGAAGGGCUCCCUUUCUGGCAGUAAUGCAGGAAUCACCAGCAUUGAAUUUGACAGUGCUGGAUCUUACCUCUUGGCAGCUUCAAAUGAUUUCGCUAGCAGGAUCUGGACUGUGGACGAUAACCGAUUACGGCACACGCUCACGGGGCACAGUGGGAAAGUCCUGUCUGCCAAGUUCCUGCUGGACAAUGCACGGAUCGUUUCAGGAAGUCAUGACCGGACCCUCAAACUCUGGGAUCUGCGCAGCAAAGUCUGUAUAAAAACGGUAUUUGCUGGGUCCAGUUGCAAUGAUAUUGUCUGCACAGAACAGUGUGUAAUGAGUGGACAUUUUGACAAGAAGAUCCGUUUCUGGGACAUAAGAUCUGAAAGUAUAGUCCGGGAAUUGGAGCUCUUGGGGAAGAUCACGGCCCUCGACUUGAACCCAGAGAGAACAGACCUCUUAAGCUGCUCCCGAGAUGAUCUCCUCAAAAUUAUUGACCUACGAGUUAAUGCUGUCAAACAGACCUUCAGUGCUCCGGGAUUCAAGUGUGGAUCUGAUUGGACCCGAGUUGUGUUCAGCCCUGACGGCAGCUACGUAGCAGCUGGCUCAGCAGAGGGGUCUCUCUACAUCUGGAGUGUGCUCACGGGCAAGGUGGACAAGGUCCUUUCGAAGCAGCACAGGUCAUUCUACGUCACUUCCUAUGAGUCUUCCCGCAGUCUCUUCUCUGUAUUCUUCUUGGUCACUUCUUCCUGCACAGUCAUACACCGUAGUCUGGUGGGCCAUUCUUCUUCCCCCAGGUUAUGAGCAGCCAACCUCAGUUCUUGUGCCUCUGCCUGACCUAGUAGAGUUCUUCAAUUAAUGCCGUGGCAUGGUCACCUUCUGGCACUCACGUGGUCAGUGUGGACAAAGGAAACAAAGCUAUUCUGUGGUCUGAAUACUGACUGGAUGUCAGAGGAAACACAGAAUCUCAGGUGCCACCAUUGGAGGGGUGCUGACCCAGGACAGGAUCGAGGAAGGCUCAUCCUACAGCUGCCGUUCCAUUGGAUUUAUUGCCAGCGGUGCCACUUUGCCUUCCCGUAGAAGAGUGCUAGGGAGGGAUGCAACGGCUGUUAUUCCUUGGACAGAAUGUCAGAGGCCUCCAAGAUGAAUACUGAAGAUAAUCUACACUUCCUGCCUUGUGUUUGGGUGAAGAACACUAUUGGCUUCGACUUUCUGUACCUCAGGGGAUGGAGCACACGGCACCAGCUGGGUCCCUUCAUGGAUGGCAGUGCCAAUUAUCCCAAAUAUCCAUGUUCAUUCUCCUUUAGCACUUUCCCCCAUCCUUAAAAAGUUAGGAAUAAUUCACGGUUCUGGUCUAACCCAAGUCCCGGUGUUUUGGGGUCCAACAAGUUGACUCAGGCAUUGGGUUAAGAGAAACCUGAAAUCUGGAAAGGCUGGGUCCUGCUGGGUCUGGAGGAUGGUGGGGCGGUCAUGAGUGAGUCUGGUGGUCUGUGUCUUUGUUUACAUGUCCCUUAUUCUGAUUCUGCUUAAGCUGCUGCACGUGGGAGAGCCCAAGGAGGAAACGGUCUCCUUCUGUGUGUCAGUUUUAUGUAAAGCCUGAAAUUGGAGAUACAAUGAAGACCUCCUGAAGGAGGCAGGAGAGCCAUGCUGUUGCCAUGAGCAGCGUGGCACGCCUGCUAUUCCCCAGUCUGCUCUCUGUCCCAGUAUCCUGUUAAGUUGUUGGUAGCAUGCGAGAGAUCAAAACCUUGAAUGUAUUACUCGGGGACUUGGCCCUUUCCAGUGACCUGUCCCCUUCACCAAGCACAUGCGUGAUAGCUCUUUGGUGCUUGAUGGAAGAAACACGAGGAAGCCAAGGCACUGCUGCAUCCUCCCAUCUCAGAGCCUGUGAUGGGGCAGAGCAAGUUGGGAUGACGUUGACUCAGCAUUUAUCCAGACUUUACCCCUUUUCCCUGUGUAUAAAAUUUCAAUUAUGUCUGAUGGGCUUCUAAGCCGCCUUUUGUUGUCACCGUCUCAUUUGCACUUUAUUUUGCUUCCUUCCUGAACUACUUCUGUCUGUAGUUUGGGAACUGUCUCUUAGAGCUCUUAAAGGCCUUGGGUCUCAGUCCCCCCAUCUGCACAGCGGAGAUGUUGGACUCUGUGACUUCUAAGGUUCCUUGUGGCUCCCAGUCUCCCAUCCUCAGCCAAGGGAACACACUCUACAUUCUUGUUGUUUGCCCACCUUCACACUACUCUGAUCCCAAUUCUUGAUUCAGGCGACCUCUCUGGAAAGGAGUCGAAUAAAAUAGACCUGGACAUAUCUUUUAUUUAUUUUAUUAUACUGCCCAGGAGAACUUGAUUGUAAAUAAAUAAAUUCUGCUUUAAAAAUUU